AAAAGUAGUACAAAGAAUCUCAGUAAAGACUCUGAAUCAAAUCUCAAGAUCUCAAACGAAGACACAGAGAAGGAAGAAGAGGACUGGAUUCGAUGGAGAAAGGCUUGCUCGUGGUAAACCAUGGAGAAGAAGUAAACCAGAAAGAUAGGUUUUUGCGGGAGAUGAAGAAGCUUGGUUACAUCGCUGGUCCUAUGGUUGCGGUGAACUCGUCUACGUAUUUUCUUCAGGUGAUAUCGAUAAUGAUGGUUGGUCAUCUCGGUAAGCUUUAUCUCUCGAGCACCGCUAUUGCCGUUUCUUUCUGCAGCGUCACCGGUUUUAGUCUCGUUUUUGGAUUGGCUAGUGCGUUGGAGACUUUAUGUGGUCAAGCACAUGGAGCUAAACAAUUCGAAAAGCUUGGAGUUCAUACCUACACUGGGAUCUUCUCUUUGUUUCUUGUGUGUAUUCCUUUGUCUGUGCUAUGGACUUACAUGGGUGAUAUACUCUCUGCCAUUGGACAAGAUCCUCUGGUUGCUCAAGAAGCUGGAAGGUUUGCAACUUGGCUCAUACCCGCGCUUUUUGGUUAUGCUACUUUGCAGUCACUUGUUCGGUUUUUCCAAGCGCAGAGUCUGAUUUUGCCGCUGAUUAUGAGCUCAAUCUCUGCUCUCUGUGUCCACAUUGUUCUCUGCUGGAGCUUAGUCUUUAAGUUUGGGCUAGGGAGCCUGGGUGCAGCUAUAGCGAUCGGUGCUUCUUAUUGGUUAAAUGUAACCGUGCUUGGAUUAUACAUGAUGUUUUCUUCCAGCUGUAGCAAGAGCCGUGCACCCAUCUCCAUGAGUGUGUUUAAAGGAAUGGGAGAGUUUUUCCGGUUUGGAAUCCCAUCUGCCUCUAUGAUUUGCCUUGAGUGGUGGUCAUUCGAGUUUCUAGUCAUGCUCUCUGGAAUUUUACCGAAUCCGAAGCUAGAAACCUCUGUUCUCUCAGUCUGUCUAUCAACUCAGUCCUCCUUGUACCAAAUACCAGAGAGUCUUGGCGCAGCAGCAAGUACAAGAGUAGCAAACGAAUUAGGGGCUGGAAACCCGAAACAAGCUCGAAUGGCGGUUUACACAGUGAUGGUUAUAACAUGUGUAGAAUCAAUAAUGGUGAGUGCAAUAGUAUUUGGUGCAAGAAACGUAUUUGGUUACCUAUUCAGCUCUGAAACAGAAGUUGUGGAUUACGUAAGAUCAAUGGCUCCACUGGUUGCUUUAUCAGUCAUAUUCGAUGCCCUUCACGCGGUUCUCUCGGGUGUAGCUAGAGGAUCAGGGAGGCAAGAUAUAGGGGCUUAUGUAAACCUAGCUGCUUACUAUCUAUGUGGUAUACCAACUGCUAUUAUAUUAGCUUUUAGGUUUGAAAUGGGAGGAAGAGGACUCUGGAUUGGGAUCACAGUUGGGUCUUUUGUACAAGCGGUUUUGCUCGGUCUUAUUGUCAUCCUCACCAACUGGAAACAAGAGGCGAGAAAAGCUAGAGGAAGAGUGAUGGGUGAGGAAUUUAAUGAGAAAGAUAGUGAAGAACAUGAAGACAACAGCUAAAUCAAGACAGUACUAAUCAUGUCAUUAAUGUUGUGAUUUACUUCAUUAGUUAGAAGAUCUCUCUGUUGUUGUUGUUUUCACUUUUCAGUUUCACUUAUAGUAAUAAAGAAUUGAUUGGUGCA